AAACAUCACAAGUAUAUUCACAACCUAAAGACGAAGGAAAACUGAAAGAUGGCCGUCGGCGAGCAGCAAGGGAGACAGCCAGUGUUGGCGGAGUGUGGUAAUCAGAAUGGCCGCGUCGACGACCUCAUCCUGGCGGCGCUUAUUAGGAAAGAGACAGUCGCCGCCAACUCCUCUUCGUCUUCUUCAACCACCGCAGCUCGCUUCCUUCCGCCCGGCCACCUUCAUUUCUCGAUGGGCUCUGUAUCUCGCCGGAGGACCAUCGAUCACCACCACUUGCAUAGAUUCUUCUUAUUUCGCUUCAAACUCCGCUACCACCACCGCAACUUUGUGUUGCUCUUCUGCAGCCACACCAACCUCAUUUACUUCGGAGUUCACUUCCAUUAUUAUCGACGGCAAGAAACUUUCAAAAGAAAUCAGAGACGAAAUUAGUGCUGAGAUAACUAAGAUGAAGAUUCUAUAGGGCUCAUUCCUGGUUUGGCAGUCAUUCUGGUUGGCGACAGGAAGGAUUCUGCAACUUAUGUUCGCAACAAGAAAAAGGCAUGUCAAGAUGUGGGGAUCAGUUCCUAUGAUGUGCGAUUACAUGAAGAUUCAAUAGAAGAGGAAGUUCUUAAGCAUAUAUCCAGAUUCAACGAUAAUCCAUCCAUCCAUGGUAUUCUUGUCCAGUUGCCUCUACCUUUGCAUGUGAUGUCUGCAUAAUAGGUGGGUGAUGAGAAUUAGGGUUCUUGUGUCUGUGUUUAUUGGGGUGUGGUUUAAUAGCAGGGAAAAGGCGUCUUGCAGGGAAACGCCCGUUUAACGGGAAAGUUAGUGGAUGGCUAAAAAUCAAGGCAAAAGCUUUAAUAUGUGUUUAUUUGGUCUAGUAAAAAGCUAAGUGUCCGAUCCGAG